CAGAGCCUCAUUGAUGAGCAGCUGAGCCACAAGGAGAAGCUGUUCGUCCUGACCUUCGGCACCACCACCAGCGCCCUCUGGCCAGACCCCGUGGAUGUCAGCGCCUCCAGCCUCCAGGAGCUCAGACUCUGGGUAAGGAAGCCGCAGCCGGAAGGAGGCAGCAAUCUGCUCCAAGCCCUGAGGAAAGCCUGCACUCGCAAGGGGCUGACUUCUCUGGUGACCAUACUGGGAAGCUGCCCAGACCAGCCUCCUGAAAUCCUGUCUGACUACAUCCAACAGGCCACCCUGGGCAGGGGCCUCCACACCCACCUUGUCACCUACCAGUGCGAGGACCGGGUGCCCCCCGCUGUCCUGAAGAACCUUGCGGAAGCUGUUGGGGGCCACUACCACUGCUACACCCCAGAGUCAGAGAUCUGUGCCAGCCCCGACAUCGAGGAGCUGCUGGCGGAAAUGCAGAAGGCCCAGAGCCUCCUGGGCCACGUCCACGCCCUGCACCAGAGCGCCGCUUGCCCGGAGCUCAGCAGCCUGAUGAAGGAGAUUUCCACAGAGAUUGCCAAAGGGCCACUCAGAGAUCUCCUGCCUAAACCCCCAAAGCACGAAGCUCCCCUCACAAUUGAGUUCCCAAACUUGGACAAGACUUCUGCAGAAUGGCUCAAGGUCAAUGGCCUAAGAGCCAAGAAGCUGAGCCUUUACCAGGUCCUGGCGCCCAACGCGUUCGCUCCCAUUGAGGAAUUUGUGCCUAUUCUCCAGAAAACGGUGUCGUCGACUAUCCAUGAGAAGGCAAUGGUACAGCUUCAGUGGCACGACGGGACGGUGAGGAAUGUCCACGUGGACCUGCCCUUCCUCUAUGAGUACCAGAAACAGCUCAGCAGAGCCAUGCGGACGUAUGAGAGGCGGAUUGAGUGGCUCUCACUGGCCAGCAGGAGGAUCUGGGGCACCGUCUGCGAAAAAAGGCUGGUUGUACUGCUCGACCUCUCCGCGGCCAGUUCCACGUACAUUAUUCAUAUCCAGCACUCCCUGCGGCUCCUGCUGGAGGAGCAGCUGUCCAACAAGGAUGCCUUCAACGUCAUCGCGUUUGGGAGCACCGUCGAAAGCUGGAGGCCCGAGAUGGUGUCCAUGAGCCAUGACAACUUACAAAGCGCCUGGCAGUGGGCCCUGACCCUGCAGUGUCGCGGCAGCAGGAAUGUCCUCAGCGCCCUGCGCAAGGCGGUGGAAGUGGACUUCAAGGACAAAGACAGACAACAGUCGCAGGGCAUCUACCUCUUCACAGGGGGCAUCCCCGACCAGGACAUGCCCACGCUCAGCGCCUACAUGGCUGAGGCCUGCGGGGGCUGCGACCUCCAGCUGAACGUGUGUCUUUUCUACGUGGGGGAGCCGCCGAUGGACACCUCCCCACCUGCCUGCUACGCCAGCCGCACCGACACGGCCGCUGCCUACCGCGAGGUCACCCGGGCUGCUGGUGGCCGUUUCCACUGGUUUGGAGACACAGGCAUUUAUGAAAGUGACGACAUCAAUGCCAUCGUGUCUGAGAUGGAAAAGGCUCUCAACUACUCACAAAAGUGUGCCCUCCUAGUGUCCUCCCUGAAGAACCAGUCCAGAAAAGACCUGGAGAGGGCAGCCCUCUUGAAAGAAAAGCCAAAGAUGCUCAAGCAAAGAAGCCAGCCUAAGAGACUCUAUCCUUCCGAGCCCACAGCCCCCUCGGCGGCCAGAAUGAGCAUUAGAGAUGGCCCUGCCAGGGAGAGCAGCCCCCCCGCGAAAGCUGUGACAUGGCGUCCGCUCAGUGGCAAGGCGGGCGUCCCACCAGCUGCAGCCCAGUCAGCCAAGGAGGAGCCUGGAGCCGGGAGGAGGAAGACCCACACGAGGGAAGCAGAGGCCGGAAGUAGCGAGGACUCGGUGUACAGAAAGCACCCUCAGGGAAGGGGCGCAAGGAGGACUGGCUCUUCUCUGGAGUUGCCCAGAAAGGAUGCAAUCUGCUCAAGCCAUGAGUGGGUAGCAAAUUAUGGGCUGAAAACACUGAAGAUGGAGAUCUCCGGCCGCCUCGGUCCCGCUGGCACCCGUCAGAGGCUGGGGGUGCUGGGACACAUUCAGUGGACACCCCGGGAAAUGGGAGCGUACGUCAUGUGCCUGAAGAAGGUGGUGAGAUGCUGUGUCCAGAGGCUGCAGUGGCUGCUAUCUGGGAGCCGCCGACUGUUCGGCACCAUUUUGGAGAAGAGAGUGUGCAUCCUGCUGGACACCUCGGGGUCCAUGGGCCCCGACCUGCCGCAGGUGAAGACAGAGCUGAUUCUGCUGAUCUGGGAGCAGCUGAGAAAGCACUGUGACAGCUUUAACCUCAUCGGCUUUGCAGAGGACCUGCAGCUGUGGCAGGACUUUCUGGUGGAGACCACAGACGCGGCGUGUCACGAGGCCACGCAAUGGGUGACCCACCUGCGUGCUCAGGGCAGCACCUCAGUCUUGCCAGCGCUACUGAAGGCGUUCAGCCUUCGCGAUGUGGAAGGGCUGUACCUCCUGACCGACGGGAAGCCGGACACAAGCUGCAGCCUGAUUCUACGUGAAGUCCGAAGGCUCACAGAGGCGCACCACGUGAAAGUGCACACCAUUUCCCUGAGCGGCGCAGGCAGGGCGGAGGGUAACUUCCUGAGGAGCCUGGCCUCCCUCACUGGGGGGCGCUAUCACUGCCUUGUUGGUGAGGACCUGGUCUCCCACAUUCACCGCCUGCUCAAGAGCUUCCUGCAUGACCGGGACUCCAUGCUGCCACUGUUUGAAGGAGAUGAUUUAAGGAGACUGGCCCAGGAGGUCACCGCGGCUAGGAGCCUCCUCUGGCAAGCCCAGUCACUCAGGUCCCAGCUCCAGAAGAAAAACUAUGCGGAACCUAAGGUCGCUCUUUCUAGAAAAGCCUUCUCGGGUAAGGGGGACGGACUCCACGCCGUCUGCGUGCCUACCAAGGGCCAGGAAGCUGCUCUGUUCCAUGGACAGCAGGAUUACGGGAAAGAAUAAAUAACAAGUCCUCUAAACAGAAAGGCCAUCCUACAAAGAACCACCAACUGAGCACAUCAUGACCCUGAGGGUUAGGUGCCUGGAGAGCUGUGGCCCCCCCUUCGCACCUCCCCUGUUCUGGGCACCAGGUUCCCUGGAAGCUGGGGGAAAGGCUCUGCCAUCCCAGAUCUACACUAACGCUCCUGCUCUGGCCCCAACCACCCCACACUCCAGUCACAAGAUCGUCACUUGCUGGGAAGCCCUACACCAGGCUCCUUGCCUGGAAUGUCCAUCUUGCCGCCCUCUGCUUGGCGACUCCUGCUCAUCCCUCAAAGCACAGCUCCAGUGGCAUCCGCUUCACUCUGAAGAUGUCCCUGGGACCCAGCAGGACUUGGGAGCCUCCAGCCUUACCCCC